AUGAGUGCUGAGGAGAUCCUGGUGUCUGCAGUGCAGCUUGGGAAGAACUUCUGCCUCUAUUUUGAAGACGAUGAUGAGCUGGAAUGUGAUGCCCUUUGUAAGGAAAAGACUCUGCACCGAGUGCUUCGCAAUGCUGACAGCCAACUGCUGGUGGUGCGCCCAGACCUGAACGUGGCAGCCUUUGAGGAUGUGACAGACCAGGAGAUGAGAUCUGGCAAAGGGAUGCACUUCAACAUUCACUACUACAAAACCACCACCCCUGCAGCAGGGAUGCCUGUGGCCUUCAGUGUGCAAGUGGAAGACAAAAGUUACUACAUGUGCUGUGAGGAAGAAAGUGGAAACAAGAUUGUUCGAUUCAAGGAAGGAGAAGUUCCCAAAGAAAUUCCUGGGGAAAGUAACAUAAUCUUUUUCAAAAGGACAUUUACCUCGUGCUGCACCAGAGCAUUCAAGUUUGAGUACUCCCUGGAGCAAGGGAUGUUCUUGGCCUUCGAGGAGGAAGGGUACCAGAGAAAGUUAAUUCUAAAGAAACUCUCCACAAAAGAUGAAGUGGAUGAAACCAUGAAGAUAAGUUUAUCUAACUACACCCAGAGAGAAAGCCACAACAUAUGA